UUGUUUCUCAACUAAGAAGAAGAAGAUAUAAUCAACCCCAUGGCUGUUUCUCCUUGUUUAAGUGGAAAUGAUCAAAAGAAACUCUGGUGGCUUACCAAUCGAAAGGUUGUCGAUAGGUACAUUAAGGGAGCGAGGAGCCUCAUUGCGACGCAAGAUGAGAACGACAUCGUUUCGGCUCUGAGUCUGCUCGACGCGGCGUUGGCUCUGUCGCCUCGUUUCGAGAUCGCCGUUGAACUCAAGGCGAGAUCUUUGCUGUACCUGAGGCGUUUCAGGGAAGUUGCCGAUAUGCUCCAAGAUUAUAUCCCGAGUCUCAAAAUUUGCAUCGACGAGUCUGGCUCGGUUUCCACGGAUAACUCGUCACAACGCUUGUUGAGGGAGCGAGUCAAGCUUCUCCCUUCCGAUAACUCGUCUUCCGACUCACCUGGCCGUGACCCGUCUUUCAAGUGUUUCUCUAUCUCGGAAUUGAAGAAGAAAGUCAUGGCCGGGUUGUGGAGAAACUGCGAGAAAGAAGGCCAAUGGAGGUACUUGGUCCUAGGCCAAGCAUGUUGUCACCUAGGCCUAAUGGAGGACGCCUUGGUUCUCCUUCAAACGGGCAAGCGCCUCGCUUCCGCCGUAUUCCGCCGCAAGAGCGUUUCCUUGUCCGAAGACAGCUUCUCCCUCCCCAACGCUAUCGCCGCAUCCGACAUCUCCUCCGUCUCCAUGACGCCUCCUUCAACGCCGCCACGCGACCCCACUCCUUUCUCUGAAUCCGAAAACAUCUCUCAGCUUCUAUCCCAUAUCAAACUCCUCAUACGCCGUCGAACUGCCGCCGUUGCUGCAUUGGAUGCAGGCUUACACUCGGAAGCCAUCCGCCAUUUCUCCAAAAUAGUCGACGGACGACGCCCUGCCCCUCAAGGCUUCCUUGCAGAGUGUUAUAUGCAACGAGCCUCGGCUUACAGGGCCGCCGGACGCAUUGCCGAGUCGAUCUCCGAUUGCAACAAGACUCUCGCACUUGAUCCAACAUCCAUUCAAGCUCUCGACACCAGGGCCUCACUCUUCGAAACAAUACGAUGUUUGCCCGAUUCUUUACACGAUCUCGAACACUGGAAACUCCUUUACAAAACCAUUUUGCGAGACAGGAAGCUUCCGGGACCUGCCUGGAAGCGUCACUACGUGUGUUACCGGGAGAUUCCCGGCAAGCUUUGUGCAUUAACCACUAAAAUCCAACAAUUGAAGCAAAGGGUUGCUUCUGGUGAGACAGGAAAUGUCGAUUACUAUGCAUUGAUAGGCUUAAGGCGAGGGUGUUCAAGGUCCGAAUUAGACAGGGCUCAUUUGUUACUAUCUCUAAGGCACAAACCCGAUAAAGCUACCAACUUUAUCGAUCGAUGCGAGUUUGCCGACGACCGUGACCUGGUUAAAGACCGAGCCAAGAUGUCGGCAUUGUUUCUUUACCGAUUACUUCAAAAGGGUUAUUCCAGCAUGAUGGCUACCGUUAUCGAAGAAGAAGCUGCCGAGAAGCAACGGAAGAAAGCUGCGGCCGCAUUACUAGCAGCACAGGCAGCAAUUCAAGCGCAGCAAACCCAAUAUUCCAGCACUAAACAGGAACCCGAAACAAAUUCAUCGAACAUUUCUAGCUGCAAAACCAGGGCUAAAUCCAGUGAAAACAAAGCCAAAACAACUAGUUCCAAUCCGAAUGUGUUCCAAGGUGUAUUCUGCAGGGAUCUGGCCGUGGUUGGGAAUUUACUAUCACAAGUUGGGUUUAAUCGACCACUUACACUGAAAUACGAGGCACAAAGCUGCUGAUUUUGCCAUUGAGAAUCGAU